CUUCCUUGAGGCAAGUUUUUCUUGCUAAAUUUUCCACACUCUGCACUUUUUUGGUAGGUCUGACUUCGCUUUUGGUGGGAUAUGCAGAUAAUAAGCGAAGGCAUCCGAGGGAGACAGAGACCAACAAGCUCCAAGUCAGACAAGAGCUCACUUCCUGGUCCAGAAAUUUCAUUAAAUAUUAAACAUUUCCACGCAGUUUACAAUCAGAAAAAGAGAGCAGAACGUCCCAAACUUAAGAAAUCUGGACGUCGGGAAUUUUGGAGGAGCAGGAAAACUUUUUAUUUCACUCCAGAACCGACCGCAUCCCGAAGACACGCUUACCGACGAAAUUUGAGGAACGAGCCUUUUGAAAAAAGAUGGAUGGCACUUCCGAGCACAGCGAGACACUGGACACGAUGGAGGUCAAGGUGUCGUCCCCUUCAGCCAGCAGGAGGUCAUCAAAGGCCAAGAAAUUAGGCCAAAUUGGAAGAAAGCGUGGUGGUCUCGUCGUGGAGAAAAUCUUCCCCUGCAAAAUAUGCCUUCGUCCCUUCACCAAUAGAACCAGUGCUCAUCUCCACGCCCGCACCCACCUCAACUCCGACGAAUUGAAGCAGUCCACAAUUUUCCAUGAGAGGUGCCCCCACUGCGAAAAAGUGUUCUUCGCUCGUAAAGACUUUACUGACCACGUGAACGCGCACGAAGGUCGGAAGAACCACGCCUGCCACCUUUGCAAGCAGAAGUUCACCCAAAAAACAAAUUUAACCCGUCAUCUCUUCGUUCACCUGAGUCGCGAGGAGCGCGCGGGGGCGCGGCAGGGCUGGCGACACGUCUGCUACUUCUGCACCAAACGGUUCAAAUACCCAUCUCAUCUCGGUUGUCAUCUUGUGACCCACACGAAGGAAAAAGUGGGCGGAAAGUGUCACACUUGUCGAAAAACGUUCUCCUCGAAACAAAGCCUGACCAGUCAUCGAUUCCGCCAUCUCAGCGAAGAAGAGAAGGUCGCCCUCGUGAGGCAGGGUUCGGGUCGAGAGUGCCUCUUCUGCCAGAAGAAAUUCCCCGAUAACCGUACUUAUCAUAAGCACCUGGUCUCCCACACGACGGAGAAACCUUUCCCCUGCGACCAAUGUGGGAAGCAGUUCAGUUUGAAAAGUAACUUAAACCUGCACAAGCUCAUUCACACUUCGAACUCAAAACCUUUCAAAUGCGACCACUGCGACAAAGCGUUCACUAGUAAACAAAAUCUGAGCAUCCACAAGAAGACCGUUCACCGGAAAGUGAAGGACAUCGCGUCAGGGUUCGCUACCCCGGGUUUUUGUGGGUUGGGGUUUUUGGGGUUUUUGUGGGUUUUUGGGGUAUCAAGUCUCCGGAAAAACCCUAAUGCUUAAUGGGGUU